UCCAGUGGAGCUACCUUCAGCACUAUAGGCGUCAAGGAGAAGACAAGACGAUACAAGAGGAGACGGAGAAAAAAGUCAUUGGAGUAUGAAUCGAAGUAUACUUGCGGUUCUAGUUUUGGCACUGGGCUUUCUUUUCUGCGAAGGGGGUACACCAUGUUGUUCGGACCCCUGUCAGAACCGGGGCGUGUGCACCGCCAUGGGCGCCGAGCGCUACGAGUGUGACUGCACCCGGACUGGAUUCAAUGGAGAGAACUGCACAAAUCCGGAAUUCUUCACCUGGAUUAAAAUCUCUCUGAAGCCGUCGCCGAACACCGUUCAUUAUCUUCUCACUCACUUCAAGGGCUUCUGGAACAUCGUCAACAACAUGUCGGUCCUCCGGGACGCAAUCAUGCGAUAUGUUCUGACGUCCCGCUCUCACCUCAUCGCAAGCCCCCCUACCUACAAUUCAGAUUAUGGCUACAAGAAUUGGGAAGCAUUUUCAAACCUUUCCUACUACACUCGCACCCUUCCCCCCGUGGCCAACGAUUGCCCAACCCCUAUGGGAGUAUUAGGGAAGAAAGAGCUGCCUGAUAUCAAGAUGUUGGCAGAGAAGCUGCUCGUCAGGAAGCACUUCAUCCCAGACCCCCAGGGCUCCAGCCUGAUGUUCGCCUUCUUCGCCCAGCACUUCACACACCAGUUCUUCAAAUCGGACAUGAAGAAGGGGCCGGCCUUCACCAAGGCUCAGGGCCACGGGGUGGACCUCAACCACGUCUACGGCGACAACCUCGAGAGACAACACAAGCUCAGGCUGCACAAGGACGGCAAGCUGAAGUACCAGGACAUCGACGGAGACAUGUACCCCCCGACGGUGGCCAGUGUGGGCGCGGAGAUGCACUACCCCGCUCACGUUCCCGAGGAGCAGCGCUUGGCCGUGGGCCACGAGGCCUUCGGCCUGGUCCCCGGCCUCAUCAUGUACGCCACCCUCUGGCUGCGCGAGCACAACCGCGUGUGCGACGUCCUGAGGGGCGUGCACCCGGACUGGGACGACGAGCGGCUGUUCCAGACCACGCGGCUCGUCCUGAUUGGCGAGACCAUCAAGAUCGUGAUCGAGGACUACGUGCAGCACCUGAGCGGCUACAACUUCAAGCUCAAGUUUGACCCGGAGCUGCUGUUCAACCAGCGCUUCCAGUACCAGAACCGCAUCUCCUCCGAGUUCAACACCUUGUACCACUGGCAUCCUCUGAUGCCCGAGGCCUUCCACAUCGAGGAGCAGGUGUACAGCUACAAGCAGUUUGUCUUCAACACGUCUGUGGUGACCAACCAUGGCAUCGGCAACCUAGUGGACUCCUUCACCAAGCAGGUUUCUGGAAGGGUGGCGGGAGGGCGAAACGUUCCCGGGGCCUUGUUGCACGUGGCCAUGAAGUCGAUAGAGAACGCCAGGAAGAUGCGCUAUAAGUCCCUCAACGCCUACCGGAAGCGCUUCUCCAUGAAGCCCUACAGCUCCUUCCAAGACCUCACAGGUGAGACGGAGAUGGCAGCGGUGCUGGAGGAGAUGUACGGACACGUGGACGCCGUGGAGCUCUACCCAGGCCUUCUCGUGGAGAAGCCCAGGCCCAACGCCAUCUUCGGGGAGACCAUGGUGGAGAUGGGGGCCCCGUACUCUCUCAAGGGCCUCCUGGGGAACCCAAUCUGCUCUCCGGAGUACUGGAAGCCCAGCACCUUCGGCGGCACGGCGGGCUUCGAGAUCGUCAACAGCGCCUCCCUGCAGAGGCUGGUCUGCAACAACGUGCGCGGGCCGUGUCCUCUGGCCUCCUUCCGGAUCCCGGACCUGGAGCAGACGGGUUCCGUGGUCAUCAACUCCAGCCGGCCGCAGCACGCACGCACAGGGGAGGUCAACCCCACCGUCAUGCUGAAGGAAAGGACUACAGAGCUGUAGUCAUGGAAAAAACUACACCAUACAAUCUAAACUAUGUUUGUAUUUAUUGAUCUUAUCCUGUUUUGUUAUAUUUACUUCAUAUAUAUAUAUGUAUUUAUUUAUUUAUUGUUUUAUUUAUAAUACUAUUUAUUACAUUGAGGGGAAGACAAAAAUGCAGAAGUUUACCUUUUGUGCUCGUAAGAUUAUCAGGGAAAACCCAGAGAAGGCCAAGAGUUCUUGUUCCUCUAUUUACUGAGGGAGUUCGCCAGGAGUUCCUCUGUGUUGUAUCAACACACAAUAUGUAACGGGAAGAGGAUUACCCUCUUUAAGCACAAAGCAGGAGAAAACAAACCCUGUUUGGGACAUUCAUGAUAACGUUACCUGAUAGAAACUCGGCCCAUUCAUUCUUGUGGUCCUAGAUUUCUAUCCAUUCCAACAUAUGACAUGAUAUGUCUGCUUAAAAUGGUAAAGUUUGUUUAAAAAUUAUAUAAAAAUAGUUUAUUUUUAAAACUCAGCUUUCUAGUUGACAACCUGCCUUUGUUCUGUUUGCCACUGACUAGCAUGUACCAGGAAACUACUGCUACAUUGCUUCAAAUGUAUUUAUUUGACUUUGUUUUUUAUGCAAAAUGUUAUUUAAAUCUUUUUUUAAUAGAUGUAAUUUUGGUAGCCCUACCUGAUUAACUGACCUCUGCUAAUAUCACUGAUGUUCACAUUCCUUGAUACUUGAUGUUUUAUACUUGAUACUUCAUUGACAUUUUUACUGAACUACUUUAAGUUAUAUCGCUGCUGGUACUUUUACUUCCUCAGUCUGUCUGUUUAGUUUUUUAAUUCUUCUCUGUAUUGAAGCCCCACUAGUCAUACACUAGAACUUAAACUUCAAUGCAUUGAUUCAAGUUGGAAAUGUUAAACUCCAUGACUGUUCUAAGGACCAUUUUACAGUAAAGAACAUUCUAUCUGAAAUA